AUGACUCCCGUGCCCAGAGGGGGUGGCGUACCGUUGUAUGCAGUUGCGGCAGACAUACGACCAGACCACACGCCAACAUGGCCCAUCGCCCAUGGCCCAUCGCCCAUCGCCUGGUGCUCGAGAAAUCAGAAUCUCCAGCUUUUAUACUUCACAUUCUCGUUUCGCGCAACUCGGAAUAAAUGGGCGUGGCUGGUGUUUCUUGCCACUGAGGCAUGGCCAACACAUCAACAAGCUGCACCGUGCACCCCUCUACUUACCUUCGGUCCUCUCACCUCUCAGGGCAUUAUGUAUACAUACCCUUUGUUGCUACGAGGCUUGCAUAUCUUGCGCAUCCCCGACGCAUCACCGAGUUUACUAUUGCCACUGAAACUCGACUUUCCUUUGCCAUGCGGCGGGCGCAACCAUCUCGUUGACUUUGACCACCCGUUGCUGACCACCCACCCCCCAGGUCGUUGGCUCAGCCUCAGUUUCGACAUCCGUCUCCAUGAUCUUCCUUUAGCUGCAUCUUUCCUCCUCGGAUUUGCCCCUGAAGCCCCUGAAUGGGUGGUAUAUCACUACUUCUCGGUUUCUUCCCGCGACAGACGAACGGCACGUCGCUUCUCGCAGUUGGAAGUUUCGCCGGCAAUGGACGGAAUCUUUUCGUCUCCCAGUCACCGCCACUCAAGAGACCGGCACACGAGAGACGACGACUCUAAUCAUAAUCAGGCCGACAAAAGUAGCGCCGCCACGGAACAGCCGUCAAUAAGCCAUCAUAGGCAGACCAUCCAAUGGCCUUUCGUUCGAAGUCCAAACGACUCAGAGUCGGACACCUCCAUAUCCUCAUUCCGUCCACUCCACUCCACUCAGCAUACCCAGUCCCGCCGAGCUACAUGGCAGGGCAACAGGCCUAAUUCGGCCGGUACUAUCCUGGACAGCAUCGUGCCUGACUAUAUCAUCAAUUACCUUCGAGGGGAGACCCCGGAGAGUGUAGCGCGUCGAAUAGAGGAACGGCGACACCCGAACCCCGAGGACAUUGCCGCUCAGCUCCGCCGUACCGGGGGCUUCUACGACUCGGACUCGCCCCAUGACCAAGCCAGGAGAGCGAUGUCGCCGGCCCAGCUCGAAAAGGCUGCUCCGAACGACGAUGGUCACAGAGCACGCGGGCUCCGCAGGUGGAUUAUUGGAUGGAAGGGUGGUGUCAUUCUGAACGCUGCCACCGGAGCCUUGAUCCUCCUUCCUACCGUUGUCUUCUUUGUUACCGCCCUGUCCAGGCAUCAGGGGGGGGAAGCUCGCCUACUUGAAGGUUCCUGCGAGCUGGUUCGGAGGCUCGAUUUCGGUCUCCAUGCCGCCCUCAACUUCUUUGUCGUGGUCGUUCUCAUGGGCGCCAACUACGCCUACCAAGUCCUGACCAGUCCUACCAGGGUCGAGGUGGAUAUGGCCCAUGCCAGGAAAAAAUGGCUGGAUAUCGGAAUCCCGUCGCUGAGAAACCUGGCUUUCGUUGCGAAGAGGCGUGCUGUGUUGGCAACAACCCUCUUGGUGGCUGGUGUUGUUACUCCCGUAAUGUAUAAUGCUGUGAUUAUCACCAAACACUUCGUUCCAGCGCAUUCUAUUCUUGUUGUCGCCGAAUCCUUCCUGGACGGUGCUCCUUUCAGCAAUGCCACCACCCAUAACGGUGCCGGCCUCGACCGGUCAGAUAUUCUGGCCUUGCAGGAUAGCGCGCAACAACAACAACAACAACAACAACGACAACAACAACAACCUAAUACGCUCACCAAUCUUACUACCGCCGACUGUCUCGACUCGCUCCGGAAUCCGGUGCAGGUCGAGUUCGAGGCAGUUCUGCUCAUCGUCGACGUCAGUCCGCCGUCCAGCUCACUCCUAGAAACCCUUGCGCCGGCGUCCGCCCUAGCCGGCCGUAUGGGGCCCAACACCCUCCGUCUCCCCGUAUCCCCCGAUGGCUACCCGAUACAGUAUUGUCUUGCUCAGCUUUCCACUGCCCAGCCAACCUGCGCCCUCGACACGAACGAUGCAGCCCUGGGCACAGUCACCCUGCUCAUCCUCACCAUCAUCGUCGCCGGGGCCUCCAUCCUCGCUUCCAAAUCCUUCCAGCCCCUGGCAACCCUCGGCGAUGCCCUCUCCUCUUUUCUGGAGAGGAGAGACACCUCCACACAUGGUGCCUGCCUCCUGACGAAAUCCGAAAUCAAACAAGGCCGCUGGGCCUCGCGGGAGGCGCGGUAUUAUUCACCUCGAACCCACCGCUGGUUUCAGACCCCAAGUGCCGCUCGCUGGAUCCUGUGGUCUCUCUCCUGGGUGAUGCCCACAGGUCUCGCUGGUGCCGCCCUCGGGUUUAGUCUUCGCAACGCAAACGGCGGGCUUGACAACCCUCUCAAUAUCCUCCCAUCUGCUUCGGCAACACCAUCAGCCACGACGGCUACCUGGACCAUCUUUCUAGAUCCCGCAAUCCCCGUUCUUGGCCUCUCCCUCCUUUCCGCCCUCCCGCAUCUACUUUUGGGAAUCCUCUACCUCUCCACCAAUGCUCUGCUCUCGACCUACUUCCUCUCUCACGAGCUGAGCGCCUACGCCACCCCAUUUGCCUUCCUCCCCUUCCGCACAUCGGCGCCCAAUCCGCGUGACGCGCAAACCACUUCCCUCUUCUUGACCCUCCCACGACCCUACUCCUGGCUCCUCCUCUUCCUCUUCGCCCCUUUCUCCAUCUUUCUCUCCGCUUCCCUCCGACCCGUGCUCACGGUCUUCUCCUCCCCGACAAAGACGACAACCUCAACCCAACAGCAACAUGAUUACCAUCUGCCCUCUCUGGUAGCAGUCCCAACAUCCAUCCUCGUGGUCCUCUCCCUCCUUUUUGUGAUCCUCGGAACCGUCGUCCUCCUCGGCUUCCGUCGUGCCGACUCGACCCCUGCAGCGCAUGCCGACGGUGCCCCCGCCGGUAACCCGCUCGUCUUACCGAACGGUUCCUGCUCUGCCGUGAUUUCCUCGCGCUGCCGCCGCAUCCCCGGGGACAAGGACGCCGCGACUGGCAAGGCGACGUGGGGCGUCAUCCGCGCCGCCACGAGGAUGGAGCCUGGCUUGACGGGGUUUUACACCAGUGGCGUGGAGAGGGUCAAGGUGGGCCUCAAGCUCUUACAGAUAGAUGGGACGGACGAAUGUCGGUUGGACCUGUUGCACACCUUUGUGACAGAGCCAAAGGCCGGAGAAAAAGGCCUGAAGAAGUAA